CGAGAAAAACAACAAAAAUCAGAAGUCGUGUCAUCAUGGCACGUGAAAUCGAGUCAUCAGUACAGAUGCGUCUGUAUUCUCUCAACAAGAGACAAUUUGUACUGGUGUUUGUAACAUUUUUUGCUUGUUUUGGAAUAUGUUUAUUGAUAGGAUUGGCAGGUCCACCUAUUAUUGAGACUGUAGAUAUUAAUACAUCCAAACUUUUACCCAAACCAAAAGACUUUAAGAGAGGACCAUUUGUGUUACCCUCACCACCAAUGUCUACAUAUCAUCAACAGCUGUGGUUAGUUGCUCAUAUAAAAACAGAUAAUGUUGGAGGUUCUAAUUUUGAACAGCCAUUUAUGAUGGGUAUACGGAUUCGUGGUAUAGAUGGUGAUGAUCAAAGUGUCGUCAAAGCCGAUAAUCCCACAUUGAGUGGUGCAAUGCAUAAUAGAUCUAGAAAAUUGAAAUGUAAGGAGCAAUGUAGAGAUAUGAUAUUAAUGCAUCUGGGUUACCUAGAUUUUGCCAAGUAUAUAAUUACCAUUACAUUUUAUGGUCUAGAGAAUGCCAAGUUUGAAAUAAAAGAUAUAGAUUUCGCUUUUAAAAGUUAUAAUACAUCAUUUACACAGAUAGAAAUAUGGAUACGUUUUAUAUUUUUGGUGAUGACUUUCUUUGCUACAAUUAUAUUUGCCCAUUCAUUAAGAAAGUUUUCAUUAAGAGAUUGGUCUAUAGAACAAAAAUGGAUGUCUGUACUGUUACCUCUGCUAUUGUUAUAUGAUGAUCCUAUAUUUCCCCUCACAUUUCUAGUCAAUAGUUGGGUGCCAGGGAUGAUUGAUGGUAUAUUUCAAGCUACCUUUCUGUGUGCCUUAUUGUUAUUUUGGCUGUGUUUGUAUCAUGGUGUUAGGCAGACGGAUCGACGUUUUGUGAGAUUCUAUAUACCAAAGUUAUUUGUAGUGGGUUUGAUUUGGUUAGCUGCUGUAACUUUGGCGUCAUGGCAGGAAUAUAAUGAGCUACAAGAUCCUACAUUCUAUUACAGAUUAGAUACAACAAACUUUGAUGGAUUUAAAAUUUUCUUUUUUGUAAUUGGGGGAUUUUAUCUACUUUAUUUGGCCUAUUUAUUAAUCCGAGCUUAUGCUGAAUUAAGAUCGAUGCCUUUUUUUGAUUUGCGGUUGAAGUUUAUGACAGCAUUAAUGGUUAUUGUAUUGUCUAUAAGUAUUGUUAUAACUGUAAUGAGGUUUGGUAGUGGUGCAUUAGAUGAUAACUUUGUCUCAGAGAUUUCCACAAACUACGAAAAUUCCACAGAAUUUGUCUCCUUUUAUGGUCUUCUCAAUUUAUAUAUGUACACAAUGGCAUUUGUCUACUCUCCAUCCAAAAAUGCUAUUUAUGAAACACAUUUUAAAGAUAAUCCAGCAUUAUCAAUGCUCAACGAUUCUGAUGAAGAAGUCCAUUAUGGAUCAGACAAUGAAGAAUCUUCUUUAACAAAUCAUCGUCAGACGAACAAAUAUGAUAGUGAUGAUGAUACAUUUCGAUAAAAACAAGAACAAUUCAUAUAUCAUUUAAGGCUUUCAUUACAGAAUUCAUUAUUCAAAAUUGACUGUUUAGCUGUUUAGCUAUGAACAAUUCCUCAUUUAGCACAUGUUGUUCAAGAUAGAAGAAUUUCACAGACUUCUAUAUUUUUGUUCCUAUUAUAUAUGAGUACAGUCCCAUAUAAUCAUAUUUGUGUAUGUUCGACCAAUCCUCUGCAGAACAUCAACUCAAUAUUGCAAUAAUACCUUGAAGGAAAUAAUAAAACACUGAACAAGUUUUGAUUAAUUUUGCCGAAACAGUUAUCUUUUCUUUUAAAAAUGAUAUCUAGAUCAGUGGUUCUUAACCUUUUUUUGCCAAUGGCACACCUUGGAACACAUGAAAAAAUAGCGGCAAACCUGGCUAAAUAUGCAUAUGAAAAAUAUUUGAAUUUUGCAUACAACUGUAGACAGAGACUUGUCAUAGACACAUAGAAUGACUCAAAAAAAAGGAAAACACAGCAAUGAACUUAGAAGUAGACACCAGUGAAUACUCAAUAGGGAUCACAUGUUUUUCUUAGUGUGCUGUUCAAACCUUCACGGCACGCUUAGGAAGACUGGUUGAGAAUCACUGAUCUAGAUGCUCAAAUAAUCAGACGCUAAAUGUGAGGCAUAUAGAAUGUGGUCAGACUGUAUUAAAACAUAUUCAAACUAAGAUAUAUGGGUAAAUAAGAGAAAUACCACAUAGAGAUUUUAUUUAUUUAAUUGAUAUAAUUUGUGUACAUAUAGGUGCUUAAUAUGGUCUCUUUAAUACGUGAAUGAAGCAAAAUUAUUAUUCCAGAGAGAGAAACGAUUAUUACAUCAUGUUAUUUGCUAUGAACUGGAAUUAUAUUUUGUCACAAAGAAUUUCAAAAUGUUUAUUUAAAUAAUGAUUUUAUUCUAAAAUCGACAUUUGUAAAGAGAUCUGAGCCCAAGUUCACAAAGCAUUCUAAAAAUAUACUCAACUGGCAAUCACUGUUUAUGAGAUAUAUUUAUGAUCCAGAAACACAAAACUUCGACAUAGUUUCUUAUUGGUGUAUAAAAGUUUUAUAAAGGGCUGGCUAUAUUUUAGUUAAAAUAAGGCGAACAAGUUUGAGUAAAUUCUUAAGUCUGAGAAUGUUUUGUGAACUCGGGGCCUAGUGUUUAAGAUGAUGGUUAUUAAAAGUAUUAGGUUUAUUAUAUUAUUUAGUUAUAAUUUGUUAUGGUAUUGGUAUUUUAUUGCAUAAUGUACUGAUAUUGUUGACUAUGAUGGCUCACAUAACAUUUCAAUUAUGUUUGUUAAAGACUUGAUGCGUCAUUUGCAUUUUGGCUAAAAUAUCAAAUUUCUCAUGGCUUAAAACACACUAUGUAUGUACUUAGAUGGAUGUUAUCUGAGCCAAAGAUCAUAUGUUGGUAUUGUGAGAGCCACAGUGGCUCAAACAAUUGCUCACUAACCAGGCGGUUCUGGUCUAGGAUUUUUCAGCAUGAUUUCCCCUUAUCAGUGGUGUAUGAUGGAGGGCUUGGCGAGGGCCAGCGUCUAUACCAGAAUGAACGAAAAACCAAGGUCCCUCCUAGCACAUUGUUAGUCCCGAAAUGACCUAGUUUGUGUCGAGUGGACAUUAAACCCCAUUUCUCUCUUUCUCCCCCUAGCACGUUGCAUGGUAUAUUCCUGUCUUCAUUGGCCUUGUUGGUGCAGAAUAGUUGAUAUUCAUGUCUUCAUUAGCCUUGGUGGUGAUUUUAUUUCAUGUUGCUGUUGUGAAAUCAUGUUGUUCAGGAAAAUGCUUGACAAACACACACAUAUGGUAUCAUUUAUGAGAUUUGCCCUUUUCCCUACUGUUAACAUAAUGUUCACCUUCUCAUAAUGCUUGUCUUCUUCAAUAAACAGUCUAGAAAUGAAAUGGGUUUUAACAUCAUACUGUUAUGCUCCGUCUGGGCUAAUGAAGACGGGCAUACAGUGUGCUAUGCCGGAAAUUUUACCUGAACAGCGGCACUACAGACUACUCUUAUAUCAAAUUCCAACUGCCAGGGAUAUUUUAUGUGCAUGCCAAUGUGUACACUGGACCUCAGUUUUUUCCGUCCCAUCCGAAUAACUAUAUGUCGUCCCUUGCCAGGCUCUCUGUCCUGCAUCACUGACAAGGCUGAACCAUGCUGGAAAAUCCUAAUGAACUUUCUCACCCAAUGCAGGUAUCGAACACCCAACCUCUAGGUUAGCGAGCCAAAGUGUAGCCACCAUGGCGCUCGACAGUCAAUAGAAGCAAUGGUUUGUUCAAAAUAAGAUUACAGCGAUUCUGUCUGGCUGUAUUUCUUAUACACACCAAGAAUUAAUUGUCCGCAAUGGAACAAGAGCAGCAAAAUUAAUAAACCUUGGUGCAAGCUGGCCUUUAUUUGAUGGUUUACUAUAGAUUGAAUUUGAUGAAAAAAAAAUGAGUUACAGUACUUUAUAUGUGUCUAAGAAAAUCAUUUAAUGUACAUUUGUAGAUUUUUUUUUUUAUUUAUUAACUGUGAUAGUGUUGGUUGUGUUCUGUUGAUUGUUACUGCCACAUUAAUAAUAAUUAUAAAUCCUGUUCUGUUUUAUAUCAGUAUUCAGAUAUUUGGUUGUUUUUGCCACAUUAAUAAUAAUUAGAAAUCCCUUUCUGUGUUAUAUCAGUAUCCAGAUAUUUGGU